UCUCUCUCUCUCUCUCUCUCUCUCUACACCAAGCUCAGCAUGUCGCAAUCAAGGGGCUCCGAUCGCCGAAAACCCCCAGGAGAAAUCUCGUACUGCCAGUGACGCGCGCGGCCGAGAAAUGGAGCGGAGCUUUGGUUUUCUUCGGGCUUCCAGCUUCAUUUUCGUUAGGGUUUUCAGUGGCGUAUCGGCAGGGACUGUUGAAAUUGGUGUGUGGUAGAAGGGGGCAAGAAGGCAUCGAACGGAACCGUGACGACGUUCAUUUUCAUAGUAUCUCGACCUGAUGAGCGAGAGCGAGUGUUGAGAUCAGGAAAAAGAAAAAUGGACUUGAUGUGUAGGAUGCUUUCCUUCAGAUGCAGCGCGCCAAGAAUAACCCUAAAAGCAGGUUGUGGGAGCAUUUCUCCGAGACUAUGUGGGGAGUUUUCUCCGGGGGGCUUUUCGCGUCGCGAAUGCUGAAUUCCUUGUCGAAAGCUGUGUACGGCGAGGCGAGAUUCGAUUUGUUUGCUGUUUCUGCUAUCUUCGUCGAAUCAGACGAUCGAUAAUGAACAGAGGAGGGGGGGCAGGAGCAGGACUAGGUAGUGGGAGUGGGCCCACGGCUGCUGCAGCAGCUGCAGCUGUCCAGAAGCAGAGGGCGCUCUUACAGAGAGUUGAAACCGACAUUGGCCACAUUGUCGACAAUUUCAGUCAGCUUGUGAAAGUCGCCAGAGUGAAUGACCCUCCGGUCAGAAACUCACAAGAAGCUUUCAUGAUGGAGAUGCGCGCAGCAAGAAUGGUUCAAGCAGCUGAUUCGCUGCUGAAAUUGGUAUCGGAGCUGAAGCAGACUGCCAUAUUUUCGGGAUUCGCAUCUCUGAAUGACCAUGUCGAACAGAGAAUCGUUGAGUUCAACCAACAAGCUGAAAAAUCGGAUCGAACAUUGUCUAGAAUUGCCGAGGAGGCAGCUGCCAGUCUCAAAGAGCUUGAAUCUCAUUACUACUCUUCGUCGCAGAGGACGACUCAUCCCACAGAAUCUUAGUGGAGCAUGGCCGUGAUCUUGUGUAUUGAUUUCUGGGAUUAUUUGGACUUGUUACUUAUCUCGAAGCUAACAACAGCUAUGUACAUUAUAUCGAGCUUCUUGGUAUUCUUUAAUUUUAGUUUUUAAUUAUAUGCUC